CGAGACUUUACACAGAUGUGUUUCAGGCGUGAUCAGUUGAGGCGGUGGGACUCUGUUCACGCUGUGGGAUCAACUUCUUUCAGAGGAUCUACCGUCUCCUAUUCGGACACCUUGAGUUCAAUGUAACAGGUAUCGUGAGCAGCGCAGGUCAAGGUGAUCGGGGAGUUACUUUGUUGUAAUAUUGAACACAUUUAGACGGGGUUUUAAACGCAGAAGAAAAUGCCUGUAGCUUCCCUCCUGCCUUUCACGGUCACUCCGAAUAGGAAGUCCGCCAGCCCGACCUCCUUCAGGAUCACGGAGAAAUUCAUCUUGCUUUUAGUGUUCAGCGCCUUCAUCACCCUCUGUUUCGGAGCUAUCUUCUUCUUGCCGGAUUCCUCUAAGCUGCUCAGCGGAGUUUUCUUCCGCUCGUCCUCGGUGGAGGCAGAGACGCGCACAGGUACGGUUAGUGACACCAGCACCGGGACGGGCAAGGAUGAGAAGAUCCUGGCCAAGAUCAGAAAAGACCACGAAAAGGCGCUGACUGAAGCCAAGGACACCCUACAGAAACGGCCGGACGAGAUCAAGAAGGACAUCAACAGCGAUAAGGAGAAACUUGCGCUAAACGGACAGGGGAAGGGAGCGAAAGGUGACAGUUUGCCGUUCGUUCAGUACGUGCGGCCGCCUGGAGCAACAGGGCACGAGCCCGCGGAUCCUGACAUUAAAACCAAAAGAGCCAAGAUUAAAGAGAUGAUGCAGUUUUCUUGGGACAGUUACAAGCGCUACGCCUGGGGCUCCAACGAACUGCGGCCCAUCUCUAAGCAAGGCCACUCCAGCAAUUUGUUUGGUAGUCUCAAAGGAGCCACCAUCGUGGAUGCACUGGACACGCUCUACAUUAUGGAGAUGUAUGACGAGUUUGAGGCUGCUACCGAGUGGGUGGAAAGGAACCUAGACUUUAACAUGAAUGGCGAAAUCUCCGUCUUUGAAGUGAACAUCCGUUUUGUCGGAGGCCUGCUGUCCGCCUAUUAUCUCUCAGGCAAAGAGGUGUUCAGGAGAAAAGCUGUUGAACUAGGAGAGAAGCUGUUGCCGGCUUUUAAGACCCCGACCGGCAUCCCUUGGGCUCUUCUCAACCUAAAGAGUGGGAUCGGCAGAAACUGGCCAUGGGCGUCAGGAGGAAGCAGUAUUCUCGCCGAAUACGGGACGCUGCAUUUGGAGUUCAUGCACCUCAGUGCGCUUUCCGGGAGACCAGUUUUUGCCGAGAAGGUAAUGAACAUCAGAAAAGUGCUGAAUCGACUGGACAAACCGCAAGGAUUGUACCCGAAUUACCUGAACCCUAACAGUGGACAGUGGGGCCAGCAUCACGUCUCGGUUGGAGGCUUGGGGGACAGUUUCUACGAGUACCUGCUGAAGGCCUGGCUCAUGUCAGACAAAACUGACGAGGAGGGAAAGAAGCUUUACUACGAUGCCCUGCAGGCGAUUGAGAAGAAUUUGAUCCGUAAGUCAAGCGGAGGGUUGACGUACAUCGCUGAAUGGAAAGGCGGACUCCUGGAGCACAAGAUGGGUCACCUGACCUGCUUUGCCGGUGGUAUGAUCGCUCUAGGGGCGGACGGAGCCCCUGAUGAUAAGACGGGUCACCAGAUGGAACUGGCGGCCGAGAUCGCCCGCACAUGUCACGAGUCUUACAGCCGAACAAGUAUGAAGCUGGGUCCCGAGGCCUUCCGCUUUGACGGCGGCGUAGAAGCCGUCGCCACACGGCAAAACGAGAAGUACUUCAUCCUUAGGCCGGAGGUCAUCGAGACGUACAUGUACAUGUGGAGGUUCACCCACGACCCCAAAUACAGGCAAUGGGGCUGGGAGGCAGUACAGGCUCUGGAGAAGUACUGCAGGGUGGAUGGGGGUUACAGCGGAGUGAGAGACGUCUACGCUAACACUCCCAACCACGAUGACGUGCAGCAGAGCUUCUACAUGGCUGAAACACUCAAGUAUCUGUAUCUUUUGUUUUCCGACGACGACCAUUUGCCUUUCGAUCACUGGGUGUUCAACACUGAGGCCCAUCCUCUUCCCCUCAUUAAGAAACAGACCCCUGAAAUGGCAAACCAUCUCAAGUAAUCUUCAUCCAACCCCAAAGCGCCACUGAGACGUAACUUCCUGGACCUGCUUUAACAGUGGACAAGAGCUAUGGACGCAAACCCCCUAUGGCUGGAGAGUUCUUGUCGUCCAGGACUUUUCCUGGAGCCUCACGCGUUUCUCCCCAGCCGUCUCUCCUCUGCCGUCUCUUCUCGGGAUUCUGCAUGCUGCCCCGUCGCCUCUUUCUCUACCCCAGAUUCUAUGAACACGUCUCUGAACCUCAGAGACCCAGAAGGACCAUAUUUCCUCUGUGAGGAGAACGGACCAGACCGUUUUCCAUCGCCCUCUCACACACGUUAUGAAGCCAUAGGUAACUCAAAUGCAUCGACGUCCUUGUGUUUUUUGCAUCAUGUUCGUUUACAGGAGUGAAAAUAUAAGAUUUCCAGCGAACUUCGCCAUCUCUUGCUGUCUGUUUCUUUCGGGAUGAGGUUUGGUUCGGUAUUUGAGGCUUUAUUGGACAGCAAGGUAGUGAAACUAAGUCAACUAGUGCCUUUUAGUCUUACUGAUCAUUUUAGUCAAAUUUUAAUAGCAACACUCUAUCUAUUUUCGCUGUGACCGAAAGUAUCUUCCUACCGGCCUACAGCCCUCUUACCCUCGUGAUGGAUGUAUGAAUCGGUUGUUUAUCGUUCAUUCCUCUACAUUUGUGAGCUUACUUUGUUUCAUAAAAUGUGUACAAAAUGUGUUUUGAUUGUUUACUUAAUCAAUGGAGGCAGAGACUUUUUAUCCUAGACAUGUAAAAUAGAGUACUUUGUGUUAAUUUAUUACUCAAGACGUAGGGUUUUUCGUCUUUUUUCGGUGUGGAGGGCACAAAACUACAGAGCCCCUAAAGAAGGCAUGAUAAUAAGAUAAAAAAAUUAGAUGAGAGCGAAAAAUUACAUUUCAAUGUUUUCGCUGAAAUAUGGUUUCUCCUCCCACUUCGUUUUUAUCCCAAAAAUUUCAUACACAAACACAUAUUUUUUUUUGUAAGGAAACACAAAAUCAUUUAUUUUUGGAUGCAAAGGUUUUGUGAGCGAACACAAGUUUGCUAACAAUCGUAAAAAGAUUCUGUGGAACGCAUACAUUUCACAAGCGAAUGCACAAGCUUUGUGAGUGAACUGCAAAGUUUCGCGAACAAACAAAGUUUUUUGGGGAAAAUGCAAAAGAAGGCAAAAGUUUUGCAAAUGUUUAUUUGUUUAACGCAAAAGAUUGUGAGCAAACAAAAAUGUCUCACAAGUGAACGUAAAAAGUUCCUCUGUGGAAGGAAAAAGUUUUACAAGCGAAUGCUAAACUUGCAAGCAAGCAAAUUUUCUGGAGGAUGCAAAAUUUUACGAAUUAACAAAAGUUUUGCGAAUAAAAAAAAAACAAAAUGAACAUGAAACUUUUGCGAGCAAACAAAUUAUUCCGGGGGAAUGCACAGUUUUGCGAAUUAACUAAAGUUUUUGCGAUUUUAAAUUUUUGCGAGCAAAUGCGAAAUUUCUUGGAGGAACACAAACAUUUUGUGAACCUAAAAGUUUCUUGAGGAAACCCAAAGGUUUUGCAAGAGAUAAGUAUAAGCAUCAGUUCCUCUGUGGAGCACAAAACUUUUUGUUUCGCAAACAGGCUAAAACGUUUCACAAGCAAACACAAAAAUUUAGCAAGCAAGGGGCUGCAACAUUUUGCGAAUUACAAGUUUUGCGAAUAAACACUAAGUUUCUUGGAGGAACAUACACAAUUUUGUGAGCGAACACAAAAGUUCCUCUGUGGAAUGCAAAACUUUUUGUGAGCGAAUGCAAAAGUUUCGCAAACAGGCUCAAAAGUUACUCAGUGGAACGCAAAAGUUUCAUAAGCAAAUGCAAAACUUUUGCAAACAGAUUUUUCCAGGGAAAUGCUGUUUUGCGAAUCACAAGUUUUGUGGGUAAACACUGACCGAAUGCAAAAGUGAACACAAAACUUUUGGAAGUAAACAAAUUUUUCCAGGGUAAUGCAAAGUUUUGCAAAUUAACGCAAAAUUUCUUGGAGGAGCACAAACAUUUUUGUGAACACAAAAGUUUCUCUGAGGAACGCAACAUUUUUGUGAGUGAAUGCAAAACUUAUGCAACCAAACAAAUUUUUGCAGGAAAUGCAAAUGUUUUCUGAAUUAACAAAAGUUUAGCAUUCGCUUGUGAAACUUUUGUGUUCCACAGGGGAACUUUUGAGCCUGUUCGCAAAACUUUUGCAGUUUUGAGUUUUUGAAACUCGAGCAAAGUUUCUUGGAGGAACAAAUAUGUAAGCAAACCCAAAAGUUUGUUGAGGGAAUGCAAAGUUUUUUAAAAGAACACAAACGUUUCCCAAGUGAAUCCAAAGGUUUUUGUGAGCAAAACUGUUUGUGAGCGAAUGCAAAAGUUUCGCACAGGCUCAAAAGUUACUCAUUGGAAUGCAAAAUUUUCACAAGCGAACAUGAAACUUUUGCAAGCAAACAAAUUUUUGCAGGGAACGUUUUACCAAUUAUCAAAAGUUUUUCAAGCAAAGUAUCUUGGAGGAACAUUUUUGUGAAUGACCCCAAGAACGCAUUGAUUUUGCAAGAAAACGCACAAGAAAAGUUUCACAAAUUAAUGCAAAAAUUGCUCUGUGGAAUCCAAAUGUUUUUGUUAGCAAAUGCAAAAGUUUUUCAAAUAGGCGCAAAAGUUACUCAGUAGAAGGCAAAAUUUUCACAUGUAAACAAAAACUUUUUGCCAGCAAAAAAAAAAUUUCGUUUUGUGAGCAAAUGUUUGUUUCUCCAAGAAACUUUUUUUUUUUUGUGAGUGAAACCAAAAGUUUCUUGAGGGAACACUGAGGUUUUGCAAUUAGCACUGAAUAUAAUUUUUCCUUUCAUCUAAUCACCACGUCCCUUUAGGAGCUCUGUAGUAAACCACGACAAAGCUGCUUGAAAUCAUUGGAAAAGUGUUUUAUUAGGACAACACGUGCAGCGCCAGAUAAAAGGAGAAUGAAUAUUUGUAUGAAUGUACCACCAAAUGUGAAUUGAACAUUCUUUGGCCUAGUUGUUGUGAUUUAUCAUUUUAUCUGUUUGUUUGUUUGUUCAUUUAUUUGAUUUAACGUGAAAGCACAAAGUUGUGAAUCAGUAUACUCGGGUUCUCCAUGAAGAAAAGAAUAGGAAUAUUACUGUAGGACAAUGUGACAGCACAAGUGAGGAAUUUUGAUGAAAAAAAAAAAAUGCAAACCAAUGAAUGCAAAGCAGUCCAUGGCACUGGAUAU